UGCAUCUCACAACAAAGUCGAGAAUUGUUGAUUGGUUCAGUUGGAACCGUGAAAGUCGAGAAAAGGAGAAAAGUUUCAACAGCUUAACUUCUGCUGCAGUACUACUUUCCUUUUCACACGACACCCACCAUGAGCACAUGCAAUUGAAGCUUAUUUUCAACGCUAACUGAUCUUAUUCGAUCGUUUACCUUCAACAUCAUGAUAUUCGUUGAUGGAGUUCCAUUCUCUACGCAUUCAUCUUCAACAUCUCAUUCUCAGGGAGUGGAGAUUCUAUUUUCUUUGUUGGAAAAUCCCAUUCUUGUAUCCGCCUCAACCUCUUUCAAGGCAAACCCAGAGAAGAAGUUCUCAGUUUCAGAAAGAUCAAAAUGGGUUUAUUUAUUCCAAAGAGAAUAUGUCACUGUUGAUCCGGCAUUUGUCGAUUUUGUUGGCACCGAUGAAGCGACAACGUGUGUAGGAGUUGUUAUUCGGAACUCAAGAAAUGGAAUGACGUCGGUUUCCCAUAUGGAUUCACCAAAGAUUGUAGAAAUGGGCCUCUCUCAAAUGUUAUCGCUACUUGUUGACAACAGUUUGGAGACUGAAUUCGAUGUGCAUCUAAUUGGGGGUUUUGAAGAAGUUUCACCACAACUUAAUGAUGGUAGCAUUGAGUCAGAAAAUGAUGAAGAUUUGGGUGGUUAUUCCAUUCCUUUGUGCUCAAAGAUAGUUGACACUUUAUGCUCAAGAGAAGAGAAGUUUCAUAUCCGAACUACAUGUGUUCUUGGACAUAAUACCAAAAGGGAUUCUGAUGGAAACACUUAUCCUAUUUUCAAUGGAUUUGUGGUGGAGACUGCAACAGGAACUGUCAUCCCAGCAAGUUUUGAUAGAAGUUCUAGAUGCCCGGAUGAAAUUGUCAGAAGAAUUCGAGUUUCUGUUUCUUAUGAAGAUUCUAGUUGGAAUGGGAAGUUGCUAGAGACAUAUGAGACUGCCACUGACAGCUUCAGGAUUUCUCCAUGUUGCUGGACUCGGCGCCAAUAUCAUAUUGCUUUGUCAUUGCAGCAUUAUUCGGAUUCAGAAAUUCUUUCAAUUUGUUCCACCUCACCUACUGCUGAGGGCCCAGAUUUUGUGGAUGAUUUAAGAAGGAAGUGGAACUACAUUAUUGAGCAUCCACACUGGACAGAAACCUUUCCCAAGAGGCAACCUCGCAUUUUUACAAGGAGUGCUGAUGGAAAGUGGAAAAGGUGUUGAUGACAUGUUACUCAGCUAACAUUAUUCAAGGCAUCAUAUUUUGCAGCUACAUCAUUCAAGACAUGAAGUUCAGUCUCAGAAGGAACAUUUGCUCACAUACUAUAUCUGGUAGCAUGCAGAGAGGGAACUUUAGGUCAACAGGAAACUGCAGAGAGGGAACUCAUACAAAGUUUGUCUAAACAUUUGAAAUUAUAAUUUGAUGAUCCUAGUAAUUAGGAGUGUGAAAGAAACUAUGUCAAUAGUAAACUAUAAGACUGCAUCGACAGGCCUAAUCCUCUGUAAUUCUUUACAAUAUUUAAAGAUCGUAUCGAGCGAGUAAUGAAAAACUGGUUCCACCUUUCAGUCAA